AUGUCAAUGCUACCGUCUUUCGGCUUUACACAGGAACAAGUGGCCUGCGUAUGCGAGGUGCUCCAACAGGGGGGGAACCUGGAGAGACUGGGCCGUUUCCUGUGGUCCCUGCCCGCCUGCGAUCACCUCCACAAGAAUGAGAGCGUCCUCAAAGCCAAGGCCGUGGUGGCCUUCCACCGAGGCAACUUCAGGGAGCUCUACAAGAUCCUUGAAAGUCACCAGUUCUCCCCACACAACCACCCAAAGCUGCAGCAGCUGUGGCUCAAAGCGCACUACGUGGAAGCGGAGAAGCUGCGGGGCAGGCCGCUGGGGGCCGUUGGCAAGUACCGGGUCCGCAGGAAAUUUCCACUGCCGCGCACUAUCUGGGAUGGAGAAGAGACCAGCUAUUGUUUCAAGGAGAAGUCCAGGGGAGUCUUGCGGGAGUGGUACACACACAACCCGUAUCCUUCUCCACGGGAGAAGAGAGAGCUGGCCGAGGCCACGGGACUGACCACCACGCAAGUCAGCAACUGGUUCAAGAACCGAAGACAGAGAGACCGAGCCGCCGAGGCCAAAGAAAGAGAGAACAGCGAGAACAACUCAAGCAACAAUAAGCAGAACCAGCUGUCCCCGCUGGAUGGCGGGAAGUCUCUCCUGUCCAGCUCUGAGGACGAGUUCUCCCCCCCGCAGAGCCCGGAGCAGAGCACUGUUGUUCUGUUUCAGGGAAACACAAAUCACAUCGGCGGCUCUUCGUACCCGCUGACCGACCUGGGCAUUGUGCAGACCAUACACAGCAUCCAAGGACACUCACAGCAACUUCAGGAUUCCUUACUGGGACCGCUAACCUCAAGCCUUGUGGAUCUUGGUUCAUAG